CUCUCCAGUCCCUUCUGCAUCCCGUUCCAGUCUACUUCUGAGUCCCGACUGUUUCUUCAGUGUCUUGCACUGUUGGUGUGUUUCAGGAUGUCUCAACAAAAAUCUGCAAUCCUCUCCGUCUACGACAAGACUGGACUGCUUGACCUGGCGAAGGGUCUGGUCAAGCACAAUGUCCGUCUGCUCGCGUCCGGUGGUACUGCCCGGCUGAUUCGGGAGGCGGGAUUCCCUGUCGAGGAUGUCUCUGCCAUCACCCACGCUCCGGAGAUGUUGGGUGGCCGUGUCAAGACCCUUCACCCUGCCGUCCACGGUGGUAUCCUUGCUCGUGAUAUCGAGUCCGACGAGAAGGAUUUGGCCGAUCAGAACAUUGCCAAGGUGGACUUCGUUGUCUGCAACCUCUACCCCUUCAAGGAGACUGUCAAGAAGGUCAACGUUACCAUCGAGGAGGCCGUCGAGGAGAUUGACAUUGGCGGUGUCACCCUCCUCCGCGCUGCGGCCAAGAACCACUCGCGUGUUACCAUCCUCUCCGACCCCGAGGACUACCCCGAGUUCCUGAAGGAGCUGGAGGCUGAAGAGAUCACGGAAUCCAGCCGUAAGCUGUACGCUCUCAAGGCCUUUGAGCACACCGCCGAUUACGACUCCGCCAUCUCGGGUUUCUUCCGCAAGCAGUAUGCCGGCACCGGCGAGCAGCACCUCUCUCUGCGCUACGGCACCAACCCCCACCAAAAGCCCGCCUCCGCCUACAUGUUCCAGGGCAAGCUGCCUUUCAAGGCCCUCAACGGCUCGCCCGGUUACGUCAACCUGCUUGACGCUCUCAACGCGUGGGCCCUGGUCAAGGAGCUGAAGCAGGCGCUCGGUUACCCUGCCGCCGCCAGCUUCAAGCACGUUUCCCCGGCCGGUGCUGCCGUGGGUGUGCCCUUGAACGAGAAGGAGCGCAAGGUCUACAUGGUUGACGACAUUGCCGGUCUCGAGACCUCGGGUCUGGCCCAGGCGUAUGCUCGUGCCCGUGGCGCGGACCGCAUGUCCAGUUUCGGAGAUAUCCUCGCUCUCAGCGAUGUCUGUGAUGUCCCCACCGCCAAGAUCAUCUCGCGCGAGGUGUCAGACGGUGUCAUCGCCGCCGGGUUCACCCCCGAGGCUCUGGAGAUCCUCUCCAAGAAGAAGGGCGGCAAGUACCUCGUGCUCCAGAUGGACGAGAACUACGUGCCCGCUGCCGAGGAGGCCCGAACCCUGUACGGCGUUCAGCUCACCCAGCACCGCAACGACGUCGUCAUCUCCCCCCAGAAGACCUUCAACACCAUCAUCACCCCCAAGGACUCGGCCGCUCUCUCCGACUCCGCUCUGCGGGACCUCACCGUGGCCACCAUCGCCUUGAAGUACACCCAGUCGAACUCGGUCUGCUAUGCUCUCAACGGCCAGGUCGUCGGCCUGGGCGCCGGUCAGCAGAGCCGUAUCCACUGCACCCGUCUGGCCGGUGACAAGACCGACAACUGGUGGAUGCGCUUCCACGACCGCGUGCUGAACAUUAAGUGGAAACAGGGCACCAAGCGUGCGGACAAGAGCAAUGCCAUCGACCUGCUUUGCUCCGGUCAGACCCCGCGUAACGACGCGGAGAAGGCCGAAUACGAGCGCGUGUUCGAAGAGGUUCCUGCUCCCUUCACCCUGGAGGAGCGCGAAUCCUGGAUUCAGAAGCUGAGCGAGGUUGCCGUCUCGUCCGAUGCUUUCUUCCCCUUCAUCGACAACGUAUUCCGGGCCGCCCGCUCCGGCGUCAAGUACAUUGCCGCCCCCAGUGGUAGCCAGAACGACGGCCCUGUUUUCGAGACCUCGGAGAAGCUCGGCAUUGUUUUCGUCGAGCAGGGCACUCGUCUCUUCCACCACUAAAUUCCGUAUUCCCCAUGUUGCGACUUGCUAGUACAAUCUUCUGUGUCAUGAAGUGAUUAGCUAAAAAAAAAUAUGCCAAAAUAGUUCUAUGCGGUGAUGUUUGUGUGUUUGUGUGUGGUCUCACGACUUACUUUUUAAUACCUAAGACUUGUUAUGGAAAUGAGAAUCAAAAGUGAUAUGUAUAGCAUGGUUUGUGUUGGCGUCACCAGAUGGUGUCAGUAUGUUAGGGGAAAUUGAGGAAGGAAAUCAUGCAUUUACGCUUAUUUCAUGCUGAG